CCAUUUCCAACUGCAUAUGGUCCCUCCUAUUCACAACACCAUCCUUAUAAAAAUCCAAACGGUCCAUCAAAUCUACAGCAACAACCAUUUCAGAAUCCUUAUGGAUCAUCGAAUCCACAACAACAACCAUUUCCAAAUGCAUAUGGUCCAUCGUAUUCACAACAGCAACCUUAUCAAAAUCCAAACGGUACAUCAAAUCUACAGCAACAACCAUUUCAGAAUUCCUAUGGGCCAUCGUACCCGCAGCAACAACAACCAUUUCCAAAUCCAAAUAGACCAUCGUAUCCACAACAACAACCAUAUAAAAAUCCAAAUGAUCCAUCGUAUCCUCAACAG